UAAAGAAGGCCGUAUGCAUCUAUCAAUGCAGAGGCUGGGGCAUAGCCUACGUUUUGGGGAGGAAAAAGCACAUAUAUACCAUAGUGCACGAUUUUAUAUACCAUAAUUUGGUAAAUCGUUGAUCUCCAUUCUGCUAUCCUCUAGACAACCAAAUACCUUUGUCCACUAGCACCAUCGAAUUCCAUUAGUGUACUCGGUGGCAAUGCACACUAUGGAGGGGAAGAAAGGAAAACAUGGACUGUUCUUUGUUGGCAUAAAAACCUGAGCCGUAGUAGGUCAGGACCACCAUUGUACUCUACCAGCCAUAUGUAAGAGAUGCCCUUGAUGAGCGUCCUGAGGCUAUAAAGCCCGAAUCUUCUUGGGCCCAACUACACCGUGGCUUUCCAUCCUCCCAAUACCAAGUAGUUCCAAAAACUAAAGGGGGGCCUGAGUGGAAAGGGUGUGCCUGCUCUUUUCCAUACAUAUUUGUGUUUCAUCAAUGGCCGAGGGGAUCUCACGAGGUCAUUGAGCUCUCUCUUGCAAGUGGGGAGAAAAAGGGAGAUCUAGGAAGGACUUAGUGGCCCACAUUUUUAUCUUUUUCCACAAGGACUCGUGGAUUGGAGAGGGAAAGUUAUCUGAAUUGGUCUGAGAUCUUGGGGAAGAUCACACACCGUGUACUCUCCACUUAGGCAGAAAUGCAGUAUUUGGUUAUUGCGUGAUGGCUAUGUCAUUCUGACUAUGCUCGUGCUUUAGGAGAUCGUGUUGGUCUGCAGUAAAGUGGUCACUAGGGAUACAGAUGUCAUGAGGCUUGCGUGGUUCUUAUAUUCUUUGUUUCUUUAAGCUUAUUGUUGCCUCUCUUUAGGACAAUAAUAUUAGUCAAUUUUUCCUGCCUAGUAGUUUGCUUGCAAGGUUUAAGGUAGAUUGCACGACAAUGGCGAUGAAGUUUUUUAUGCUUAUGCAAGUAAAAGAACUUAUUUCGUGCCACUUGGUGGACACCUAGAGCAUGUUUCAACGUAGAGGUCAUGUCAUAUCUUCUUUCGUGUAGAAACUUUAUCGGAGAUGUGGUUGUCGAGUAUAAUUUUGGUCGUUGUUCAAGCACUUCUAUCCAUGUUUUAUAAAGGGAAAUUUAGUGCUAUUGCGGAGCAGUUGCGCUAGAUAUUGACUACACAUUCAUAUGUGAUAUGAUGAUUGGAAGGCUGUGGUUGUGAGCUAGGGAGCAUACUGGAAGAAAUCUCUCCUGAUUUUGCAUUUAUCCUUUUUCUAAAAGACCUUGUAUCCAUCUGCAUGCAGACAGACAAUUUCAACUAUUUGAUACUGUGCCAGGAUUCUAUUCUUGACAUUGCAAAUGACCUGACUAGAUUAUAUUCUCUUAGCACUUGCAGCAGAUUGCUUCAAAUGAAGACAAGCUAAUACACGAUACACAGUUGUGAAAAUCACAUACGACAUGCAAUUUUCUAAGCAUACCAAACUAUGUUGAGAGUGUCAACAUCAAAUGUGUGAAUUUGUCAACUGAUAUCUAUCAAAAUAAUAAGAUCUAGUUAUUUGUCAACUAGCCAUAUUAUUCUUUAUGUCAAGGAAAUCUAUUCAUGCUUAUAGGAUCGGGGUGUGCAAAACACCAAACCGUGGAAACCAUCCAGGCCGGCAAGUUCUCAUCUAGUUCACGUUCUUUGACAAUUGGAAUCCUUCCCCAUGAACUAGUUCAAAAAAAUGAACUAGCCCAAACCGGCUAAAACCGUGCAACUAUUUUUGCACGCCCCUACUUGUCAACCAUCUGUUUUUUGCUCCCCAGUAGCUACCCGCUUCUUCCCAGUACACGUCGUGGAAGUAUGGGAGUAGUAGUUAAAUGUUGUACUUAGACGAUUCAAUUAAGUCUCGCCACGUCAUCCUGCUGAGUCAUUCGCAGAAGGUUAGAAAGCCCAUUUUUUGUUGAAUAACCAGAAGUCAACCAGUGUUUGGUCAUUGAGAUAUGGGUGUUACUUAAAGGCGUCUACAAGUUCCUUUUUUAUAUUGGAAGCCCUUCCAACAUCAUUAAGGCAUUUGGUCUUGGUGAAGAUUUUGUAUAUUUUCUUAUUUACAAUACAAAUGGACUUUGCAGUUGCUCAUAAUUGGGUUGUCUGCAUCUUCCGAUGCAGAGGUCAGGGGAGAAUUUUCUUCCAUUAUCUAAAAAGAAGUCGCUGGUAAGUUUAUUAGAGGUUCAUGGAUUCCAGCCACACAAUACAUGGACUGAUGAGCAUCCUCAUUGACGUGGGUAGUGGCCAAUCUUCAUCAGUGAGCCCCUCGGGCCCUGUAAACAGUAUCACAGAACAGCAACUCUUUGACAGAUUUGGUAUCUAGGGCUGAGCCAGUACGAUGCCCCAAUUCACGAUCAAUGGUCAAGGGUAACAGUAGGAGCCACGGAGAUUGGCUCACGUUGAAAGACUGUGCAGGUGGAUGGCAGAAGUUCUGAUAUAUCUGCCGCAGAAAAACUGGGGAGCAAAAAUAGAUGGUUGAUCCAACUUCCUUUUGAACUCCCCAAUCCAUGAUAUGAGUAAGAUCUUGAUAUAUUUGCCUUCAGUGCCUACUUGCAUGUGUUAAUCAAUCAUACUUAAUGAUAGCGUGACACUCUACAAACAUAGACCUGAUCCAAGUAAUGAUAGAGUUGAGAGAAAAGUGAGAUCUGAUGAAAUUAAACCACAUGGACCUGAUUCAAGUACUAAUAUAGUUCCAAAACAGAAAAUAGGGUGCAGUGUGAUCAGUAUUGUCUUUGCCCUUGCUUUUGACAGGAGUGUACUGCAGUCGUCCUUUUUCUCUUCCCUCAUUUAUAUUGUGCGGGUUUGUUUCAGCUGCUUCCGUCCGUGUGUGUAUGAGAGAGAGACUCCUGAGAGGGGGAGAGAGAAGGAAGAUCACAUGGUCCUUUUUUUGGCCUCCAUAUUCCUGCAAGAAUCACUCACGCCAUGGAGGUUGCCAUGGUCUGCACAAGAGUUAACCUCCUCCUUCUCAUCCUCUCUCUGUGUUCACCAUACAAGUUCAUACAAAGUCCCAUGGACUUUGGCCCCCUGAACCUGCUCCCCACCACCACCGAAGCAUCCAGCGAUUUUGGUAGGAUCCUCUUCCACUCCCCAUCCGCAGUGUUGAAGCCCCAGUCCCCGAGGGACAUCUCUCUGCUUCUCAGUUUCCUGUCCGCCUCAUCUCUAAGCAAGGUGACAGUGGCGGCCAGGGGUGCAGGUCACUCCAUUCAUGGCCAGGCCCAGGCCCUUGAUGGCAUUGUGGUGGACAUGUGCUCUUUGCCUUCUCAGAUAGAGUUCUACAGAGGAGGAGAAGGAGAUAUUUCUUAUGCUGACGUGAGUGGUGGAGCUAUGUGGAUAGAGCUCCUGGAGCAGAGCUUGAAGCUGGGGCUGGCUCCGAGGUCUUGGACUGAUUACCUCUAUAUCACCAUUGGCGGAACUCUGUCCAAUGCUGGAAUCAGUGGGCAGACAUUCAAGCAUGGGCCUCAGAUUAGCAAUGUUCUACAGCUGGAGGUAGUCACAGCAGGCAGGGGAGAGACUGUGACAUGCUCGCCCACCAAGGAUGCCGAGCUAUUCAAUGCUGUUCUGGGAGGCCUUGGUCAGUUUGGCAUCAUAACUAGGGCAAGGAUCCUGCUGCAGGAAGCUCCACUGAAAGUGAAGUGGGCGAGAGCCUUCUAUGAUGAUUUCGGCACCUUCACCAAAGAUCAGGAGUUGCUGGUGUCAAUGCCAGAUUUAGUGGACUAUGUUGAAGGUUUCAUUGUCUUGAACAAACAAUCCCUUCACGGCACAUCCAUUGCCUUCCCUGCGAAUAUGGGCUUCAACCCAGAUUUCGGAACCAAGAGCAGUCCUAAGAUCUACUAUUGCAUAGAGUUUGCGGUUCAUGAUUACCAGCACAAGAACACCAAUGUGGACCAAGUCGUGGAAGCUAUCUCAAUGCAGAUGAGCCACAUGGGAUCACACUUGUAUAGUGUGGAGGUGUCCUACUUCGAUUUCCUCAACAGGGUCAGGAUGGAAGAGAUGAGCCUAAGGAGCAGUGGGCUCUGGGAGGUGCACCACCCAUGGCUCAACAUGUUUGUGCCCAAGGCUGGGAUCAGUGACCUGAGGGACCUUCUCAUGGACAACAUCUCACCGGAUAACUUCGAGGGACUCAUCCUCAUCUACCCACUCCUGAGAGACAAGUGGGGCACCAACACCUCCGCCUUGCUACCGGAUUCUGGGUCCACAGACCAGGUGAUGUAUGUGGUCGGUAUUCUCCGAUCUGCUAACCCUGAGGAAGGAUGCUCGCAUGACUGCCUCCAGGAGCUUCUCCGCCGUCACCGCCACAUAGCUGACACUGCUGGAGUGCAUCUUGGAGCAAAACAGUAUUUGGCUCAUCAUCCAACUCCGGCUGGCUGGCAUCAGCACUUUGGCCCACGGUGGGAGCGGUUCGCAGACCGCAAAGUCCGGUUCGACCCUCUAUCCAUCCUCGGGCCAGGCCAAGGUAUAUUCGCCAAGGGAAAUAAAAAUGUAGUGUAUGCAAGCUGACGACAUAAACUGCCACGGUGAUCAGUGCUAAAAUAAGUGAUAUAGAUAGGUGACUAAGGUGGCUUUCUUUCUUAGCUCUUUUGCGUUGUUUCCUCAGCAUUUUGAGGCAUCGGUUGUAUUAUUAUGGCGGUGGAUCUUGGGAGAACCCAGUGGUGGGCGUACCACUUGGAAUUUUGAAACUCUGUACAGGCUGAGGAAGCACGGCUCUAGGGAUAGAGAUAGUGAUUCUAUUAGAUAUGUAUUCCGUGUUUGAUGUUGCCAUUAACAUUAUGUUACUAUUGUCGUCACUUCCACUUCUAGGAGUGUGAAAUUCUUUGCACUCCACUCCUUUGGACA